AGAUAAGGUCUAUUUGCUUUUCGUCUUGCUGGUAGGGAAACUAAGUCUUAGAAGGAUUAAGAAGCCUGUCUAAAGACCCUGAGAAUUUAAACCCAGAAAGCAGUUGGAAUUGUUGGUAGUUGAUAGAGUCUCAGACACUGUCUCAGCAGCAGAUCUAUUUACAAAAGUGGACAGCUUACAUUUCCUGCAUGGGAAGCUGAAGCAGUCAAAACAUACUAUAAGAAUAACAUCUUGAAAGAUCAAGCUGAGUAGCAGAAAGUUGUCUCUGAGGAAUCAGGUGAAGAAGAUGAGAACCCUGAGGCCAGUGAUAUUGAACAAUCUGCCCAAGGUGGCUAGCCCAACACCCUUACCCAGCAGGCCUCACUGCUCCCUUGGCCUGCCUCUGGCCCCAUGCCUGGAUUUGAGUCUCACAUGACCAGGUACCAGUAGAUACAGAAUGCUGCUGUUUUCCUUCUGACAGUCACUUCCUGCCUUGUGACCACACACUUGGGCUUGACAAAGCUGUUCUGCAAAUCAGAAAGGAGGAGGUUUCUGGUCGUACACCAGUUCAACCAAGGACGGUUUCUACAAGAUCUGCUACUUAAAGCAGUAAAAAUGGCCAGAGCAUCAGUGUCCGAUGAGGAAAUGAUGGAGCUCAGAGAGGCUUUUGCCAAAAUUGACACGGAUGGCAAUGGCUACAUCAGCUGCAAUGAGCUGAAUGACUUGUUCAAGGCUGCCUGCUUACCUCUGCCUGGUUACAGAGUAAGAGAGAUUACAGAAAAUCUGAUGGCUACAGGUGAUCUGGACAAAGAUGGGAGGAUCAGCUUUGAUGAGUUUAUCAAGGUUUUCCAUGGCCUGAAAAGCACAGAUGUUGCCAAGACGUUUAGAAAAGCAAUCAAUAAGAAGGAGGGCAUUUGUGCAAUUGGUGGUACCUCAGAGCAGUCUAGUGUUGGCACCCAGCAUUCCUACUCAGAGGAAGAAAAGUAUGCCUUUGUCAACUGGAUAAACAAAGCCCUGGAGAACGAUCCUGAUUGUCAGCACGUCAUCCCAAUGAAUCCAAACACCAAUGAUCUCUUUAAUGCUGUUGGGGAUGGCAUUGUCCUUUGUAAGAUGAUCAACCUGUCAGUGCCAGACACAAUUGAUGAAAGAACAAUCAACAAAAAGAAACUCACCCCUUUCACUAUUCAGGAAAAUUUGAACUUGGCUCUGAACUCUGCCUCGGCCAUUGGGUGCCAUGUUGUUAACAUAGGGGCUGAGGACCUGAAGGAAGGGAAGCCAUAUCUGGUCUUGGGACUGUUGUGGCAAGUCAUCAAGAUUGGGUUGUUUGCUGACAUUGAGCUAAGCAGAAAUGAAGCUCUGAUUGCUCUUUUGAGAGAAGGAGAAAGCCUGGAGGAUCUGAUGAAGCUCUCACCGGAAGAGCUCCUGCUGAGGUGGGCUAAUUACCACUUGGAAAAUUCAGGCUGCAACAAAAUCAGCAACUUCAGCACCGACAUCAAGCUGACUGACUUCUACAGCAAUAUAAAGGACUCAAAAGCUUAUUACCACCUGCUGGAGCAGGUGGCUCCUAAAGGAGAUGAAGAAGGUAUCCCCGCUGUGGUUAUUGACAUGUCAGGACUAAGGGAGAAAGAUGACAUCCAGAGGGCAGAAUGCAUGUUGCAGCAGGCAGAGAGGCUGGGCUGCCGACAGUUUGUCACAGCCACAGAUGUAGUACGCGGGAACCCCAAGCUGAACCUGGCUUUCAUUGCCAACCUCUUUAACAAAUACCCUGCCCUGCACAAACCAGAGAACCAGGACAUCGACUGGGGGUCGCUCGAAGGUGAGACCAGGGAAGAACGGACAUUCAGGAACUGGAUGAAUUCGCUGGGCGUUAACCCUCGAGUGAAUCAUUUGUACAGUGAUUUAUCAGAUGCCCUGGUCAUCUUCCAGCUCUAUGAAAAGAUUAAAGUCCCUGUUGACUGGAAUAGAGUAAACAAACCGCCAUACCCCAAACUGGGGGGCAAUAUGAAGAAGCUUGAGAAUUGCAAUUAUGCAGUGGAACUGGGGAAGAAUCAAGCUAAGUUUUCCCUAGUUGGCAUUGGUGGACAAGAUCUCAAUGAAGGAAACCGCACGCUAACGUUGGCCUUGAUCUGGCAGCUAAUGAGAAGGUACACACUGAAUAUCCUCGAAGAUAUAGGUGGUGGGCAGAAGGUCAAUGAUGACAUUAUCAUCAGCUGGGUAAAUGAAACACUGAAGGAAGCAGAGAAGAGUUCAUCCAUCUCUAGUUUCAAGGACCCGAAGAUUAGUACAAGUCUUCCCGUUCUGGACCUCAUCGAUGCCAUCCAGCCAGGCUCCAUUAACUAUGAGCUUCUGAAGACAGAAAGCCUGGAUGAUGAAGAGAAGCUCAACAAUGCAAAGUAUGCCAUCUCUAUGGCCAGGAAAAUUGGAGCAAGAGUGUAUGCUCUUCCGGAAGACCUGGUUGAAGUGAACCCCAAAAUGGUCAUGACAGUGUUCGCUUGCCUCAUGGGGAAAGGGAUGAAGAGAGUAUAAGGCCCCGUGAGGCAGGCUAGAUGUCAACACACUGAAUCCUGAGGGCCCCACCCAGGGUGCAUGAGGACCAUUCAAGCCAUUCCAAAGUUCUCAACUCGGUGACAUUAUACAAGACUCCAAAAAGUGCGUAUUCACUCAGCCAAGUAGCCUCUCCUGUACUUAACAGAAAACGCUUACUUUUUUUCAGAAGACCUUGGCUCCUAUAAAUAUUUUUUUAUUCUUGAUUUUUUUUUCCUUCUCUGAAAAUGUAAAGAAAAUAAAAAGAAGUUAUUUUCCAGGCACCCUUUCUGCUUUUGCAGUUAGGAUAGAAACUGCAGUGUUAAUACUUGACCUAAUCUUUCAGACUGGUUACAUUUGGCUACCUUUUUCUUCAUUCAACAUGCAGACCACGAAGAGGGGAUCAUGAACCUGUCUUGUCACCUGUUGACUGAGGCUGAUAUAUGAUCUUUUACGAGCCUCUUCUACCCCUUUCUCCUGCCUCGUCUCCCAGUGACUUGGCCCCACUCCCUCUUCGAAGCAUGCCUGCUCUGUGGCCCACGUUUUCCUGCCAUCCUCCUUGGCCCCUUGGAGCAUCCUGAUGAGUCAGUCGGGCUGUUGAGGAGCCGGGUGUCUCCGGCAGCAUACAGAAGUAAACCUCAUCAUCAAGGCCUUUCCUCAGAACCAAGGUCCCAAAUGUCAUCAGUUUUCUUUUGCUUUUUUUAUUAAGUAAGAAAUCCUCUGUUUUUAAAUCUACAACUUAGUCUCAGGCCAGAUGUAGCACCUUGAACACCCUCAGGUAGAUUAACAACUCUGGCAGAAGACUGGAAGUUGUAAUAGAAAAGAAAGCCACGAAGGGGCAGUGUGGAGCUGUCCCUAAGCGCCUGUCCUUCACGGUGCUGCCUCCAUGUAUUCAGCCUUGCUCCUUAGAUGUAAUUACCGUGACAUGGCUAAAUACCUGUGACAUUUGGGAGCUUCCUUCUCAGCUUUCAUUUGUUCUUCAAUAUCAGCUUAUGUGAUUGCUGCCAGGCCAUAAGAUCAAUGUUUACC